AUGUCUACCGGAUUGAGUCGUCGGAAUGGCAAGGCAGCCUCGUGCGAACCAUGUCGCAAAGCCAAGAUCCGAUGCGAUCACCAGAAGCCCUGUGGCCGGUGCACAAGUCGUGGACUGACCGCAAGGUGCAUCUACCAUCCUGCUCCGUUGACUCGGCCUCGAAGACCGGGCAGCGGCCAGAUCCUGGACUUUACCUCAGCCACAUACCAAUGGGAUGUAGGGAACAAUCCUAGUCCGACGGGCCACGAGGCAGUCAAUCAUCCUAUCACUCCGGCGAGUGGUUUGAGUGAUGGCCUGCCUCUCCGGAUGACAUGGCCAUCCAGAGCGGUUCCCACAUACCGUCAAGGCCAACAGCCACCACAACUCCUGAACACCAUUUCAAGUGAUGGCGCAGAGGCUGAGAACCUCCAGACCGUCAAGUACGUGCUAUCUCAGCUGCGACACUUUGGAUUUCUGGAUCACUUGAUUGUCGAAUAUGGCUACCAUGCUCAAGCAAUUCUUGUGCCGAGCCCUAUCAUCCGGGCGAUUGUAAAUGAACUCCGUACUACUAGCGCCUCUUUGGCCAUCGAGGACUUCGACGACCACAGUGAAAAGCUCAAUAGUUUGGCAAGAUUGGUGCUAUCCAACUCGUCCAAGCCGGUGCAGUAUCCCACCCGGGACUUUGGAGUGGCCGAGUUCGUAUCAUUCUAUACUGGGGAGAAUCUACGGCUGGAGACCAUGGGCCUGAUCUAUGCCAUUACGGUGCGAGCUUUCCUUCUUGGUCUCGCUGGCGACGACCAUAAACGAGAAGACUUCGUGCAUGAGAUGUGCACGACAAGCUUUGUCUGUCUGCGUCUGGGACGAGAGUUGUGCACCGACAUUAGCGACAUGCAAGCCUUUCUGUCAUUUGAGGACCAUCGUCGUACGUCAGUGACGGAGGGAGACGCCACACCAGCAGUAUGGCGCAAACUAGGCGAAGCCAUUACUGACAUUUACGCCGCCGGCAUACACAGAGAGAAGAAUAACUCCAAAUUGCCAUUUUUCCUCGCCGAGUGUCGGAGGAAGGUCUAUGCACACUUAUUCAGAAGCGACAAGUUCAUUGCCACUCUCAUGGAGCUACCUCCUCGGAUGAUACGUCGAUACUCUGACACUCGUCUGCCACUAAACUUGACAGAUGACGAGCUACUGGCAGCUGCGAACGAGCAAGAGGCUCGACGAAUGCUCACGCCUGAUGGCUGGAACAUAGACAAUGUCCACAUGCCUACAACAUGGACACGAGCUCGGUGCAUGCUCGCCGAGAAUCAAGAAGAAAUUCUGGAUCAUCUCAAUCGGCCCAUAGAUGCUGGCAGUGCCGCCAGACUCCAUGGCGUACUCGACCAAUCAUACAAACGCUGGGAUUCUCUUCCCGAACACACACAUUAUAGUCGCGAAUGCUGGAACAAUGGCAUCUCAAUGCCGAUAUGCCUGAUGCUCUCCACGCUCCGACAGGCCUUCCUCCAAGGAAUCUUCUCCAUCUACAGGACACUUGAGCCCAUUGAGCCGAGCUGCUCUGCAGAGAUGUUGAAAGUUUCCAUGGAUAUUGUGAUGACUGCACACGACGUGGGGAGAAAUCUUAAUCGGGCUAUCUUCUUGCGUUACGAUUUUCCUUACGUUGUACUAUAUUACGGCCUACCAGCUGCAGGAGUACUGGUCAACGCUCUCCUCGAGGUCGCUCGAAGUAAAGGCACGCAGUCUCUACCAGACGGACUCAACCGAGCAUUCAUCAUACGACAGCUAUCAGUCUUCAUAUCCCAUCUAGAGAGCAUUUACAACCCAGGCGAUCCGAACUAUACCAUUUGUCUGAACGCCGCGAAAGCCAUCUCGCGCACAUUGGACGAUGCACUGGAUAUAUCUUCUGCUGCAAGCACGACGGUCAACUCAACGGCCGGGCCACAGACUCCAGCUUCGAAUAACGACGUGGGCGCUACACUGGCUUCUGCUAUGCCACUUAUGCUCAACAACGAACGAAAUGGAAUGGAGCUCGACAUCCUCUCUAGCAAUGGCCUUGAUGGCUUUGACUUCGCCACGUGGAUGAAAGAUAUUGACUGGACUGGCACGGGCGGCGAAUGGAGUAAUCUAUAA